UACGGGAGCAAACAAGAAGACAAAAUACCCGCAGAGAUCAAACACGUAGACAACAAGUACCUUUUAAAGGGGGCUUCCGCCCUUACAUCAAGAAAAAGAAGUCUGUCCAAUAUUGAUAUGGAAAAAUUAUCAGAGAAAAAGGCUAAAAUUCAUGACACUAGAGCGAGAAAAGCACAGAAAGUCGCUGACAAUAGCAUACCUAACAACACAAGAUUUGAGAACCAAGAGCAGUCUUUGAGCCUUGAGCUGAGUCCUGAAUAUGCGAAUACAGAACCCAAAAGUUGGGCUAAAUCAACAGAGCAAGAAUACGCAAAUAAAGAUACGAAGGAUACAACAAACUCUAUUCAGAAUGCUUUUGCAAACGCGCAAAUGACAUCGGAAAAUUCACUGGCCUUGGAAAUUCUAAUGGAACCAGUUACAGAACUGGAGUUGGUACCUUCUGGAACAAAUUCAGAAGAAAUGAACAAACUCAAUCAAAGCUCUCUAGAUAACCAGGUAACAAAAUUACCGACCUUCAGUGAAAACAAUCCAUAUGUAGAAGAAAAUACAAUGCAUACACAACAAAUGCAUGCUGCCCAACAAUCGAGAGAAAAUAACAUUAGUACAAGCAAUACAAAUGCUGAAACCAUCACGCAAGAAGGAACAGCAUCUGCUGCAAACCACUCACAGGUAGAAGGAGCCCCAAACGAAUCUGAGGUGAAUAAAACUGUAAUGUAUACAAAUGAAAAUGGUAAGAACAGGCAAGAAGUUAUGAUAUGUUCAAAAACAGCAACUGAAGCAAAUGUAGUCGACCUAACAGAUAUAAUAAUGGAAGAUACUUAA